AUGGGACCACUGCACAUGCUACAAUCUCUUGGAGAUAUAGGUGACAGGCAGCUAACCCUUGUUCAUUAUAAAAGCACCAGCAGCUCUGAAGGACAGUUCAGAUUCCUGAACCUGUUUCCAACAAGAUGUGGGCUACUUUCACUGGUCUUGUGCUUCAUCAGCUCCAUUACUGCUGUUACAGAGCAGCAGCCUUCAGUGUCGAUAGUGGAUACCGAAUAUGGGAAAGUCCAAGGCAUUCAAGAAAAACUGCAAGGAUUUGACACACCUGUUCAUGUUUUCCUGGGUGUUCCCUUUGCCAAACCUCCUCUUGGACCCCUGAGAUUUAGCCCACCCCAGCCUCCUCAGCCCUGGGAAGAUGUGAAGGACACCACUACGUACCCACCCAUGUGUGUCCAGAACCCCAAUACAGCCAUAUACCUUAGGAACCUUUUCUCCAUUCGGAAUAAAAGUAUCUCAUUGACAUAUUCCGAAGAUUGUCUGUACCUAAAUAUUUACACGCCAGCUAACCUGACAAAGGAAUCCAAGUUACCGGUGAUGGUGUGGAUCUAUGGAAAGGGGCUGCUAAUGGGUGAGGCUUCAACCUAUGAUGGACUGGCUCUCUCAGCCCUUGAGAAUGUGGUGGUGGUGACUAUUCAGUACCGCCUGGGAAUCCUUGGGUUCUUUAGCACUGGAGAUAAAUAUGCUUUGGGAAACUGGGGUUGCUUGGACCAAGUGGCAGCACUUCAAUGGGUCCAAAAGAAUAUUGCCAAUUUUGGAGGAGACCCAAGCUUGGUGACCAUCUUCGGUGAAGCAGCGGGAAGUUUUAGUGUUUCAGCACUGUUUCUGUCUCCUUUGACCAAGGAUCUCUUCCACCGAGUCAUUUUGCAGAGUGGAGUUGUCCUUCAAAAACCUCUCUUCAGUCACAACAUCAAACCAUUUACUGAGAAAAUUGCAGCUGUGGCUGGAUGUGAAACAACCACGUCAGACACCAUAGUUCAAUGUAUGAGAUAGAAGACAGAGGAUGAAAUUCUGCACAUAACUGAAGAGUUGAAAUUAUACCACUUGGAAUUCACAGGAGAUCCCACAAAGAAAUAUGUGUUCAUACCUACAGUUGUGGAUGGAGUAUUUUUCCCUAAAAGUCCUGAAGAACGCUUGGCUGAAAAGCAAUUUGCUGACAUUCCAGUCAUGAUGGGAAUCACCAAUGAUGAAUUUGGCUGGCUUUUUCCAACUGCAUUCGGAUUUCCUCUGUCAGAGAAUGGAUUGGACCAAGAAACAGCAUCAACACUGUUAUGGAAUUCAUACCCACUUGUUAAGAUCCCUCAAAACCUUGUACCUGUGGUAACUCAGGAAUACCUUGGAGUGACAGAUGAUCCUGUCAAAAAGAAAAGACUUUUUCUGGACAUGCUAGGGGACUUGACAUUUACAAUCCCAACUGUGAUUUUGGCUUGGAAUUUCAGUGAUUCAGGUGUACCUACCUACGUGUAUGAAUUUCAGCAUAAGGCCAGUAUUUGGGGAAAUAUAAAACCAGCAUCAGUCAAGGCAGACCAUGGGGAUGAUCUCUUUUUUAUAUUCGGUUCUCCAUUUUUAAGAGAUGGUUUCUCAGAAGAAGAGAAGAGAUUUAGCAGGAGGAUGAUGAAAUAUUGGGGCAACUUUGCUAGGAAUGGAAACCCCAAUGAUGGAAGUUUGAUGAAGUGGCCUCAGUAUGAGAAAAAUGAAAAAUACCUACAAAUUAACAUCGUCUCCAAAAUAGCCGAGAAGCUGAAGGACAAGGAAGUGGAAUUUUUCACUAAGCUGUGGGAAAAGAAAUAAUAGUAAAUGUUGAAUAGUAAAGAGAUCAUAUUUAGAUAUUGUCUAGAUAAAUCAAUUAACUAGCCUUCAAAAGAAAUCUCAGUGGAUCUGGAAGAAAAAACAUUUUUGCUUUAGUAUGGAUGUCUAGAUCGGGUGGUGGGCAGCUUCUCAAUAUGAAGAUGGAGGGGUGAAAUGUAAACAGCCAUAUGUUAACACCAUGGGUAUGAGGGUGUAGGGCCCCACACUUUGACAUCUGGUAAUGAGAAAUCCAGAGUCGGUAAUAUUUUCUUUUUCUCAUAACAUUUUAAAGAAUCAGCUUUCAAUGAAUAUAGUUGGCUUGAGUUCUAUUAAAUAAAAUCAUUUGUGAUUU